AUGUCAUUAAAUCCGAUUUUCAAAUCUGAAACAUUGAGAAGAAACAUCUAUGAUUGGGCAUUGGCUCUCGGUCUCUUCGUUUACUUUUUCCUUGUGGCAGAACAUGCGAAACCAUUUAAUAGACAGUUUUCAUUGUCUGAUCCAACUAUUCAACAUCCCUUUGCAGACAAUGAAAGAGUUUCUGGCAUUGAAUGUUUACUUCUUGCAUCAGUUAUCCCAUUGACAAUAAUUGGUGUAUGUUCUUCAUAUUUGAAAGCGAAGCAUCAAAAAUCUCAAGCUGAACAUUUCCAUUUACUUCAAAUAACAAUUCUUGGGUUGUUACUUGCUUUAAGCAUUGAUGGAGUAAUUACUGAUAUAUUUAAAAAUUGGAUUGCUAGACCAAGACCAGAUUUUUUGGCUAGAUGUGGACCUAAAAAGGGAACUCCAUUGAAUACAUUGGUGGGAAUUGAAGUUUGUACUGCCCCAUUGGGUGAACGUCUUUUAAUUGAUGGUAUGAGAUCAACACCAUCUGGUCAUGCUUCAAUUUCAUUUUCUGGGUUAUUAUAUGUAACUCUUUGGCUCUGUGGACAAUUUAAAGUUGUGCAAGUGAAAGCCCCAGUUUAUAAAUUACUUCUCUGUAUCCUUCCUGUACUCUGUGCAUUCUAUAUUUCACUUAGUAGAACCCAGGAUUAUAGACAUCAUUUCAGUGACAUCGUAUUAGGUGGAAGUUUAGGAAGUGUGAUUGCUGUUGGUAUUUACCACAAAUUUUUCCCAAGAAUUUUCUCAAACAAUUCUGAUAAACCAUUAUUAUCUGAAGAAAUUGAAACAGUUUUACCCGUAUAUAAUAGUGUUUCACAACUGUCUUAG